AUGAUACCAGCUAUCUUUAUGUUAUUACUUAUAACUAUUUGCACAUGCUAAAUAAAAUUAUUUCAGUCACUAAUCAAAAGAAAUAUACGUUACCAAGAAGAUGAGAUAUUUGAUGAAUAUAAUGGUGAAGAGGGUUUUGAAUGUUCAAUUUGUAUGGAGGAAUUAAAGUAGAUGGAAAAAUAUGUAGAGCUACCUUGCAAUCAUAUCUUUCAUUAUUAAUGUUUUGGUAAAUGGAGAAAUUACAAACAAUUAUGUCCUGUGUGUAGAAGAAAAAUUAAAAAUAAUGAAAUUAACAAACAAUUUCAACAGUCUAAAAAUUCAGAUGUUGAAAUUUGA